AUGUCUGAGGCCUACCAAAAAGACGCAAACCCGAUCGACCCAUCUGUCGAGGACGACCGCUCAAACCCCGCGGAGGACGGUCGUUCGGCCGACGCCGAUCCCAACAAGGAGACAGAGCCUGAUGAUCCGUUUCUGAACGGGCGGACAUCUGGUCCUUCCUUCCCGCCAUGCUAUGGGCUCUCUUAUAUCAAGAAUGGCGCCCCUGGAGGCCAGAACUCGGAGACGGGCGCGCAUUAUCUGGAGCUGGGUAAAUACAAUGGUAACGAGUGGGCUAGCACCUGGGGAGACGCCCCAGGUCUCAAGAUCGACAGCGAGUGGUCGGCAAGCGAUAUGCGUACUCAGCUGGAUAUGUAUAUGAGGAGAGGAUGA